UAUAUUUUUUACACGACUGCCCAAAAAAGAGUGUAUUGUUUUGUUUUUCUCAUUGGUGACAUUGGUAUUCUAUUCUAUCCUAUCACCGUAUCAUAGAAUUCGAGCGCGACAAUUAUCACAAAAAAAGCAGCCGCUGGUCACUGUGUCGACCCAACUGUGUAAUUACUUAAAAAAAAAACAAAUUUAUGUCUGUGCUCCGCGUGCACCGUAUCGAAUCGCGAUGGGGUACAUUUUGUAAUUAUUAUGUUAAUUGAAUUGAGGAUAUGAACAAAACACGAAAUAGCGAUUCAUUUUGUUUUAUUUAGUUACGUCUUAUACUAGAGGUGAUUGGCACAUUAAACAAAUAGUACUGUAUAGUGGUUUCCGUCAUGGAUUCCUGCCGCUGCUGCCUGCGGUGUCCUCCGGACAAGGACCUGACGACGCCGUACACACAUAACGGCAAAACGGAGACAUUUUACGAUAUGUUCAAAGAGUGCUUCAAUAUACAUCUGGUAGUGGGAGGCUCGGGCUCGUGCGGCAUCUGCUCGGCGUGCGUGGGCCGCCUGCGAGACGCGAGCGACUUCAAGCUGCAAGUGCAGCGCUGCCAGGCAGAGCUGCAGGCACUGCUUGUUAAAGCGGAGUCUGCGGUCAAACCUGAGCGGACUGAUGAUGGCGCGGAUGAUGACUCUGUGAUUGAUGUGUUUUAUGAAGUGCCGAUACUGGUAGAGCUGUCAGAGGUUGGUGAAGAGAAGACUAAGGAAGAUGUUAAAGAUGAAGACCCCCUCGCAAAGUCGGGGACGGAUGAUGUGACGAGUGACGGCGACUCGUCAGCGGCGGUGUGUUCGGAAAGCAACGCCGCACGCCCCAGAAAACAGGCAACCCGUAAAAAACAACGCUCACAACAUCACACAGCAAGACACACUGACAAGAAACCUUUUGCGUGUAAUCACUGUGGUGACAAAUUUCGUCGGAAAGCAACCCUACGUAGUCACCAGAUGAUACAUACUGGGGAAAAGCCAUUUAAAUGUAGCGAUUGCGACUACAGCUCCAGGCUGAAGGCAAGCUUGCUAAUACACCAGAGAAUACAUACAGGAGAGAAGCCGUUCACGUGUAACUACUGUGAUUACAAAUGUAGUCAGCAAGCAAGCUUACAAGCACAUCUGCUGAUACAUACCGGGGCAAAGCCAUUUAAAUGUAUCCACUGCGACUACAUGUGCAAUCGCAAAGGAAAUUUAAUAGUCCACCAAAGAAUGCACACCGGAGAGAAACCCUACACAUGUAUCCAUUGCGAUUUCAAGUUCAGCGAUGCUUCUAAGUUGCGAAGACACGAAAGGACACAUACUGGCGAGAAGCCUUUUCAGUGUAGCCAAUGUGAUCACAAAUUCAGUCGGAGAACACACUUACAGAGGCACAAGAUGAUACAUACUAGAGCGAAGCCAUUUAAAUGUAGCAACUGCGAAUACGAGUGCAGGCGAAACGAGGAAUUGCUGAGACAUCAGAAGACACACACUGGCGAGAAUUUAUUUGUAGCUACAACUACACGAGUCGACCGAAACUAACUUAAAAAACCGGACAAGUGCGAGUCGGACUCGCCCACCGAGGGUUCCGUACUUUUUAGUAUUUGUUGUUAUAGCGGCAACAGAAAUACAUCACCUGAGAAAAUUUCAACUGUUUCAAUUGACAGACAGACGGACAGUGGAAUCUUAGUAAUAGGGUCCCGUUUUUACCCUUUGGGUACGGAACCCUAAAAAGACACCUAAGAUGGAAACAUCCUUCCGAAAACACCUAAUGUAGUUCCGAUAAUGAUCGGAAAUAGUCGCUAGUUACCUUAGAGAAUAUAACCAAAUGGAGUGGUCAUUAACAGGCGUUCCCCUCUGUCGAAAAUAGGCGGCCAAUGGUCAACCUCAUGUCAACCACAUGUAUGGACUGACGUUUAUCUGACAUGGCUAUGUUAACGUUACGUAUACAUUUGAUGUUCCCCUCCCCCGCAAAAAACGGCAGACUAUUUUGUACCGAAAAUUAUAGACAUUGCGUCUCCGUUGGUUAUAUUCUCUAAGCUAGU